AUGGCGGCGCCGGGCCCGGUGAUCUUCUCCCGCGGCUUCCGCUUCAACCCGACACCCCUCGAGGCCGCCACCUACUACCUCCCUCGCCUCGUCGCCGGCGCGCCGCUGCACGAGGUCGUGCGCCCCGUCGUCAACCACGCCGACGUCUACGGCUGCGAGCCCGCCGACCUCGCCCGCCAGUUCUGCCCGCUGCCCAGGACCGGGCACCGAUUCUUGUUCACCCACUGCAAGCUGCAGCAGCCGCAGAGGGCGGGGAAGGUCAGCAGGGCCACGCGCGCCGCCGGCUCCGGAUCGUGGCACUCGCAGAGCGUCAAGGACGUCGUGGACCACGCCGGUGUCAAGGUCGGCGAGAUCAGGAAGCUCCGGUACAAGAAGGGCGGCGCGUACACGGACUGGCUCAUGGACGAGUACUCGUGCUGCUUGGAGGACGCCGUCGCCGGCGACAGGCAGUGCGUGCUCUGCAACAUCUACGUGUCCCCCAGGGCCGAUCAAGGCUCCGCAGCGCGCCAAGAAUCCGCCGCCUUCUUCGCUCCACCUGCGCCUGCGCCCAUCGUGAUCGCGCAGGCGGCGGCGCCCAAGAGGCCGGCGGCGCAGAGUGCCGAGCCGCCGUGCCCCAAGCGGAUGCGGGGUGCCGUCGCCCCGACGCCUCCGGUCGUGCAGCCGGCGGGUUAUUGGACGGCGUCCUUCGCGCCACCACUGUCGUACGUGCCUCACAUCGCCGCUUCAGCUCAGCCUCCGCCGCCGCCACCGCCUCAGCCGUCCGUUCAGAGGAAGCAGAGCACACGUGAUCCGUUUGAAGCCGCUGAGCUGGGAGACGAAGCAGAGGAGGAAAGAGUGGCAGCGCCUGAUCCCAAGGAGUCCCCUGCAGCGCUUGUUGAUCAAGAUGACGACUGGGCCGAGUUGGAAAAGUGCAUGGACGACGCCGUGCCAACAGCCGAGGGCUCGACGGUGAGUGAGGACGAGAUGGACCAGACAAGGCAGAGCACGGGCGAUCCGUUUGAAGCUGCCGAACUGAGAGACGAAGCAGAGAAGGAAAGUGUCGCAGCGCCUGGUCCGGCACAAGAUUUCGACAUGGACGAGUUUUGCAGGUCACUAGAAGGAAAUGGCGACUUAGUAAGGCUCUUUGAGAAUGAAGACAACGUGCUGACAGCCCAAGCAGAGGAGGAAGCAGCUGCCAACUCUGAGGGCUCAACGAUGGCUGAAGACGCGCCUGAUCCAUCGUCCAUGGAGGAGUCGCCUGCGGCGGCACAAGAUUUCGACAUCGACGAGUUUUGCAAGUCAGUACAAGACGACAUACGGGCAUGCGAGCUGGACCACUUUGCAUGCUCUUUCGAGAACGAAAGCAUUUCCUGGGAGUAUGGCAUGGGUUAG